UCAUUAAUCAUCUUACCUCUUUAUAGAAACAAAAGGGGGAGUUCUUAUAUUCAGUCCUAAGGAUCGUAAUCAUGCCGAUUAUUUAUUCAUCGGAUUCGGAAAAUGAAACAACGCCGCGGACAAAGCUUUUUGGGAGGCAAAGACCGAUACGUUCUGUUCUAGGAGGAGGACAAGUUGCUGAUGUAUUAUUAUGGGAAAACAAAAAAGUAUCAGCGGCACUUUCUGUUGGAAUGACUGUAUUGUGGCUUCUUUUCGAGGUUGCGGAGUACAAUCUUGUGACUCUCUUCAGUCACAUCUCCAUCGCUACAAUGCUCAUUGUAUUCAUAUGGUUUACCACCGCAGAUUUCUUCAAUUGGAGUCAUCCCGAACUCCCAACAAGUAUUUUAGACAAAUCUACAUUCCAGGAAUUCGCUUCAACCCUCCAUGGAAGAUCCAAUCAGGCCUUGUCAAAGUUCAUGGACAUCGCACGUGGAAAAGAACCAGCACUCUUCUUCAUGGCAAUAUUCUUUCUCUAUAUAUUAUCUGUGAUUGGAAACUAUUUCACCUUCUUGAAUUUCCUGUAUCUAUGUUUUGUUUGCUUGCAAACUCUGCCAUUUCUCUAUAAUAAAUAUGAGGAUGAGGUUGACAGGUAUGCUGGGAAAUUGAUUCGACGAGCUAAGAAAAUGUUUAAGAGGUUUGAUUCCAGUGUUCUUAACAAGAUACCAAGAGGGCCUGCGAAAGAGAAGAAAACCAGAUGAAAUGCCAUUUCUUUCCACCGAAGAUGAAAAUGUGUAAAUAAAAAGGUGCUUCGUUUAAUUUAUAUGUAUGCUUGUGGAAGUUUGUUAUCAUAGAUUUGCAAAGCUGGUUCCUUGUGUGAUGUAAAUAUGAACAGCAAUAAAAAGUUGGGAUUUCUCUUUUUUU